UAUAUCCUGCAACAUUUCUGAAAAGAAAGUGAAAUUUGUUUAUAUCUUACUUAAAAAUUCACAAAGAUGGGUCAUCGUCAGGAGUACAUCUGUCGUUAAUACAAUUGUAUAACUCCGCAGUAAUUGGAGGCAAUGUGAGGAACGGUUCAGCGAGCGCGAUAAAGCCAAACAGAAAGUACGCGCAAUUUUCCUUCACCUGUCUUUUAUAGCAUGUCAAUCACUUGAGAGCGUGCUUUGUUAAAUUUUGUUGUCUUGUAGUUCAAAAUGGAAUCUAUCUAUACUAAAGAGGAUUUUUGGAUAAGAAGUGAUCAAACGGUAAAGAAAUGAUGGACGCUGGGAGAAGUGAGAAAUGAAAACGCCAACACUCAUAUAUACAAUUUUCAUUGUUGUCUGGAUAUUUAUUUCCUCACCUGAGUUGUUAAAAUUUACAGAAGGCAGCUAUGCUCUCCAUGUGCCUGUGGUAUAUGUGGCCUUCUCCGGUGACCUAAUCCUCAAUUAUACCAUUCCAUCAAAUGUCUCUCUUCCAAAUGCCUUCAUAAGGAUUUUAGCAACUAUGGACAAUCACAGUCGGAAAGAAAUCACAACACUUGGCCUUCCGCUUGGACAAUCGUCUGGUAGUGUUAGUGUGCGCUGUGGAAUUCUAGAAUUCUCAGCGUCUCAUAUUGUAGAACUUCAUUCUUAUGCCGGUGGACCUAUAUUAACAACUUCAACAUUCCAUGUAGAAUGGCCUUCCUUUACAUUAAAAUUACCAUCAACACACUUCGCGCAGACACAAACUGUUACUCUCACUUUUCUGUCCACUGCAAAAUGCAAUCCCCUGUUGAAACGUUAUUCUUUUCAUAUUGAACUAGUCAUUGACCAAAAUGAAAACAUAAAUAGCAGUGCUCAACAAACUGUAUUUCAUGUUACCCCGAUUUCUGAUAUCGUAUCGCCUCGUCAAAGUAUACGUUAUCCAUGUAAUAUUUUUGAUACCGUUGGAAAUUAUAGAGCAAUACUCCGAAAUAGUUUUAAUACCAGCAAUAUUGUUUCGCAAAGUGGAAUUAUGACAGUAUCAUGGAGCAAUGCCUACAGCGUAGACAUUUAUUCAUCUUCCAUAUUUCCUUGCAUAGGGCAUACAACUUUAGUCUAUACAUACCCCGAGUGCAUUGGGACAAAGGAUAAAAUUCGUUUGUAUAUGAUGAGCAAGAGGAGUGGUUCUAUUGCAGCACCUUACCAACGAAAGUACAUUUCCGAGAAGAAAGUAAACCCCGACAGAAAUAACAUAUUCUUUGACUGUUCCUUGUUUCAGAGUCGCUCUUCGGCGUACUGUUUUGUGUACGUCAGUAUUUCAUCCACGGGGAAGGUGACAGAACAGAAAUCUCACUGUAUAUCUACACACCCUGACUCAGCUGUGCCAAUAGACGGGGGAUGGAGUCGAUGGUCACAAUGGGGAUCUUGCAGUGUGACCUGCGGGACGGGGAAGGUCAGUCGGUCCAGACUCUGUAACAAUCCCUCCCCACUGCAUGGAGGGCUCUUCUGUGAAGGGGAACCAAUUGAAUGGAAACCUUGCUUUAAUACUUGUCCAGAGCUAAUACCAAAAACGCCUCUACAUACUCUUUUACUCAGCAAAUCAUGCAUCUGUGGUUGUGAAAUCAAUUCAACUCAAGGGGAGAUAAUCGCUACAGGGCGUUGUACGGGUCUUUCCAUAUGGCUUAUAUCUGCAAGAAGCAAUCACCAGAUCAUUUUAUCUUUUACGUACUUCAAUUUGUUCAAGGGGAAGCAGUGGGUUAAAAUUCGCAACGGAGGAACGUCUACUGCUGACCUUGUAGCAAAAAGUGAGGGUGAAAUGGAUCUUAAAAAGGUCAUUUCCACUACUGGAACAAUGCUGAUAGAGUUUAUGACGCAGACGGAGCCGUCUGCCAAUCCCUCUUACAUCAAUUCCUCGUCUGAUUCCCCCUCUAUCCUGUCAUAUCCUUCAGAAUUAAUUCAUGUAUAUGGAUUUAUAGCAUCUUUCUACAUACAAGUGAAAAAUGAAUCAAGAUACAUUGCAGCUGUGACAGUUACAGAACCUCCACCGAAAGAAGGAAUCUGGCAAAGCACGGUGACAAUCGUAGGAAUAUCCCUCUGUGCCGUCAUUGUCCUAGUGGUUGUGAUCAUUGCAGUAUACCAUAAAGUGUUCCGUAAAAAGACACAUAAGUAUGCCAUGACGAAGCAAGAGGAAACUCCUGAACAUGUCCCAAAAAGCACGAGCAUGCACAGUACUCCAAGUCGUCAUAGUGCUAUAAGUCAAGGGAUAGAGAUAGAUAUUGAUAUGGAAAAACCUUUGACUGGGAAGAGUGCUCGAAAGAAAUACAGGAAAGACAGUGACACUCACAUAUCACGUGGUUCUUCUAUUUCUAGUAACAGAAGUGGUCGUAGUAAAAACAAAAUCAAAAUCAAAGCAGACAUAGAACCAGGAGGGAGCCCUAAACCUCCCUCUAGACAUUACACCCCAUUACCUAGUCCGUUAGUACAUAAUGAUCUCAUACAGGAAGAAGAUAAUAAGACUUCUUUAUUUAAUGCAAGUCCAUUGUUAAAUAGAAAAACUCGUUCGCCAAAGAUUCAUCCUUCACCAAGAUUUAAGAGAUUAUCAAACGGAGGAUCUCCAGUAAAGAGUAAGCAUGAACUUUUGAUUCGUAAAAGAAAAGAUCGGAGUACCAAGGAGAAAGAGGAUAAAAAGAAAGGUACGCUUGGUUCUAGUGAAAAGAAAGUGAAAGAGAAUGUGAAAUCCUUAGCUACACCUGACUCGGCGGGAUCCCUCACUCCAACACCAACAGUUCUUAAUCCUAUACCUCCAGUGGAUGCGCACGAAGAAGACAAAAAUGAUGUUCUAGAUGCAGUAACUGAAAACAAAAACUCAAAGGAAGCCAUUGAGUUAAAAGAAAUGUCGAAAGAAGACAUGGAGGCAAGAAAGCCUGGGUCUGGAACCUCGGACGAUUCGUGCACACCUGAAAAGUGUGAAGUGUUCAUUCAGCAGACGACUUCCUUUGUACAGUCACCAAGCAUAGAAUUAAUUAAGCUACGUAGACCCACAUCUUUGACUGAAAGUUAUAAAAAAUCCGCAUCAUUACCGUCCAUAGAUAGGGUUAUGAACAGUUCAGAUGAUAUAGUUAACGUAGAUAGACAUAAAGCCUUGCCAAAGCCAGAUGGACAGAGUCCUAAAAGUCCACGACAGGAAAAUUCCAAAACUUCUUCACCAAAAAGUGUUCAGGGCUCAAGUGUUAAUAGUUCUAGGAGUAAGCUUACCUUAUCUCCAGCUCGAAGUGGAACUUCUCCUUCUGAAAAUUUAGAAAUGGAAUAUGAUGACUACAUAGAAUAUGAUGACACAUUUUCUUACUUUGACCCAUUAGAAACGGAAAAAUUACAAUGGACAGGCUCUGAAAAAAUUGGCAAACCCAAACCUUUAUCCAAAGAGGAUCCCCAAAAAGGGAGUGGUGAUUCGUAAUUUUCGAGGAAUUCUU